CAGGUGGGACGCUGUGUGUUGUCUGCCUGUGGACGGUGAUUUCCUGCCUCGCGCGAGCAGGAAGGUCCACUUGCUGUCCUCAGCAGGCAGUUCCUGAGCUUCAGGACCUUGCAGGAGUGUUCCAUUCCCUCUUGACAGACAUGGAAGGCUGAUGAUCCUGACUUCCUCAGGCGUCCCGGGCUGUCACGCGUAAGCCUCACGUUAAUCUUUCCCCUGUCUUCAGCAGAGGAGUCUUCUGCAGGGCCCAGUGGACUGCCAUAUCCUCUGUGUGCAUCAGGGCCUGUUGUCCAAUCCAUCUUUUCCACUGAGCAGGAACAAUUCUCACAACUACUCUGCUAAAAACUAGAAUGAAACAGUUGCCUGCUGCCACAGUUCGACUCCUUUCCAGCUCUCAGAUAAUCACUUCGGUGGUCAGUGUUGUAAAAGAGCUCAUUGAAAACUCACUGGAUGCGGGUGCAACAAGCAUUGAUGUUAAACUGGAGAACUAUGGAUUUGAUAAAAUUGAGGUCCGAGACAAUGGUGAAGGUGUCAAGGCUGUUGAUGCCCCUGUGAUGGCUGUGAAGUACUACACCUCAAAAAUAAAUAGUCAUGAAGACCUUGAACAUUUGACAACUUACGGUUUUCGUGGAGAAGCCCUGGGGUCAAUUUGUUGUAUUGCAGAGGUUUCAAUUACAACAAGGACAGCUGCUGAUAAUUUUAGCACUCAGUAUGUUUUAGAUAGCAGUGGCCACAUAAUUUCUCAAAAACCUUCACAUCUUGGUCAAGGUACAACUGUAACUGCUUUAAAAUUAUUUAAGAAUCUGCCUGUAAGAAAGCAAUUUUACUCAACUGCUAAAAAAUGUAAAGAUGAAAUUAAGAAGAUCCAAGAUCUCCUCAUAAGCUAUGGUCUCCUUAAGCCUGACUUAAGGAUUGUUUUUGUGCAUAACAAGGCAGUUGUUUGGCAGAAAACACGAGUAUCUGACCACAGGAUGGCUCUCCUAUCGGUUCUGGGGACUGCGGUCAUGGGCCACAUGGAAGCCUUCCAGUACUGCUCCCAGGAGAAUCAGGUUUAUCUAAGUGGAUUUCUUCCAAAGCAUGACGCAGACCACUCUUUGACAAGUCUUUCAACUCCAGAGAGGAGCUUCAUCUUUAUAAACAGUCGACCAAUACAUCAAAAAGACAUAUUAAAGUUAAUCCGACAUUAUUACAAUCUGAAGUGUCUAAAGGAAUGUACUCGUUUGUAUCCCAUUUUCUUUCUGAAAAUUGAUGUUCCUACUGCUGAAGUGGAUGUGAAUUUAACACCAGAUAAAAGUGAAGUAUUAUUACAGAAUAAGGAAUCUGUUUUAAUUGCUCUUGAAAAUCUGAUGACGACUUGUUAUGGACCACUACCUAGUACAAAUGUUUGUGAAAGUAAUAAAACAGAUGUUUCCUUAGCUGACAUCGUUGUUAGUAAAACAGUAGAAACAGAUGUGCUUUUUAAUAAGAUAGAAUCAUCUGGAAAUAAUCGUCCAAAUGUUGAUACUGCAACUGUCCCUUUCCAGACUGAUGUGCCUAAUGAUGAAUCUGGUGAAGACACUAACCAUGGUGUAAAUCAGCAGACAAGUGUGGGUGACCAUUGUGAUAGUCAUUUGACUAGAGAAAUUGCUAGCAUUGAAAAGAACACUAGAAAUGCAUCUCAGGAAAUUCCAGUGAAUAAUUCAUCACGGGAAAAUGCCCAAAGUGAAUACAGUGAAACUUGUUUUGUGGGUUCCAUAAAGCAUCCAAAACCAGACAAUGGCAGUAAAAUCCCUACAAAUCAAAGUGGAAGACAUGAGGAAGAAGCAGUUCUUGAGAAGUCUUUGGAAAUUUGUGCAGAUGAAUGGAGCAAGGGAAAUGCAUUUAAAGAUUGUAGGGGAGAGAAUAUCGAACCUGUGAAAAUUUUAGUGCCUCAAGAAAGUUCAUCAUGUAAAGGAAGUGAAAAGAAUAAUCCAAGCCCUGAGCAAAAACAACUCGGUGAAGGUCCUGAUAACAAAAAAUCAAAUGUCAUAGGUAGCAAAUCUGGACAGCUCACAGCUUAUGAUCUAAUCAGUAAUCGGGCAAUCAAGAAACCCCUGUCAGCAAGUGCCCUCUUUGUUCAGGAUCACCGUGCCCAGUUUCUUGCAGAAAAUCCUAAGACAAGUUUGGAGGAGGCAAUGGUGCAUAUUGAAGAACUGUGGAAGACACUGAGUGAAGAGGAAAGACUGAAAUAUGAAGAUAAAGCUACAAAAGACUUGGAACGAUACAAUAAUCAAAUGAAAAGAGCCCUUGAACAGGAAUCACAAAUACCAUUAAAAGAUGGCAGAAAAAAAAUGAAACCUACCAGUGCAUGGCAUUUGGCACAGAAGCACAAGUUGAAAGCAUCAUUAUCUAAUCAACCAAAACUUGAUGAACUCUUUCAGCAUCAGGUUGAAAAAAAAAGGAGUGAGAGUAUUAAAACAGUACCUAUCCCUUUCUCUAUGAAAAACUUAAAAAUAAAUUUUGAGAAACAAAAUAAAUUGGACUUUGAAGACAAAGAUGAACUUUGCUUGCUCCACAAUCUCAACUUUCCUGAUGCCUGGCUAAUGACAUCUAAAACAGAGGUGAUGUUACUGAAUCCAUAUAGAGUAGAGGAAGCCCUGCUGUUUAAAAGACUUCUUGAAAAUCAUAAACUUCCUGCAGAGCCACUGGAAAAGCCUAUUAUUUUAACAGAGAGUCUUUUUAGUGGAUCUCAUUAUUUAGAGGUUUUAUGUAAAAUGACAGCAGAUGACCAGAGAUAUGACGGAUCAACUUAUCUGUCCGAUCCUCGUCUUAUAGCAAAUGGUUUCAAGAUAAAGCUGAUACCAGGAGAUUCCAUUGCUAAAAACCACUUGGAAAUAGAAGGAAUGGCUAAUUGUCUCCCUUUCUAUGGAGUAAUGGAUUUGAAAGAAAUUCUUAAUGCCAUAUUAUACAAAAAUGCAAAGGAAAUAUUUGAAUGUAGACCUCGCAAAGUAAUAAGUUAUUUAGAGGGAGAAGCAGUGCGCCUAUCCAGACAGUUACCCAUGUACUUACCGAAAGAGGACAUCCAAGAUAUUAUCUACAAAAUGAAGCAUCAGUUUGGCAGUGAAAUUAAAGGAUGUGUUCAUGGCCGCCCAUUUAUUCAUCAUUUAACCCAUCUCCCAGAAACAACAUGACUCCUUACAACAAGAUCCCUUACUAGAUAAAUUGGCUAGGUCAGGAAAUGAGUCUGUUUUUAAACUGUGUUUGUAUCAAUCAUGUAUCUAAUUAUUAUUUUGUAAAUGAAAACCUAUUGGCUUUGUUUAUUGAAAAAAGUUUCAGAAAUUGUAGACAACUUAAAUAAACUAAUAUAGACCAUUCAUUCUA